AUGAACUCCUCAAUCACCGAUUGGAAGGUCUACAUCAAGAAGUGUUUUGACAACCUCAAAUCGGGAGGUUUCCUCGAGCUGCAGGAGUACGAUGUGUUCGUCAAGUCCGACGAUGGUACCCUGAAGUCGGAACAUGCUGUCUCCAGAUGUGUCGACCUGAUUUACGAUGCAUCCAUCAAGUUUGGAAGACCCUACCAGCACAUCGAACCGCUCGCAGAGAUGAUGAGAGAGGUCGGAUUCGUUGAUGUUGCAAUCCAGAGCGACAAAUGGCCCUCGAACGCAUGGGCUAGGGAUCCCAAGUACAAGGAACUCGGAAUGUGGAACCAUGAGAAUAUGUCUUCUGGUGUGGAGGGCUUUACUAUGGCCGCCUUCACGCGCAUACACAACUGGACAAAGGAAGAGGUGCAGGCCUUCCUGGUCGACGUCCGAAAGGACCUGAAAGACAAGUCUAUACAUGGGUACUGGACAGUUUACAACAUUCACGGAAGAAAGCCAGAGGCAUAA